GAAGAAGAAGAAGAUGAUGACGUAGUUUGCAAGCGCCGAACAGAUAACGCUUGAACUAACAGGUAUAGCAUCGAAUUGACAAAUUCUUCAGGUUUGCUGCUGAUGUUGGGUGCAUGUCAGAUGGUCCAGUUGUCACCCGGCGCCGCUUAGUGCUGCUUCCCCGUUGUGAGCCAUUAUGACGGAGGAGAAAGGCAUUGUGAGAGAGCAGAUAGAGGGGGUUCCGGAAGGACUGUGUUGGCUCUCCGUGCUGUCUUGCCUGCUCCUAGCCUGCUGUUAUGUUGGCAGUUUAUAUGUCUGGAGGAGCGACUUGCCCAGGGACCAUCCUGCUGUGAUAAAGAGGCGCUUCACCAGUGUCCUGAUUGUAUCGGGCCUGUCACCUCUCUUUGUUUGGGCAUGGAGAGAAUUUACAGCUGUCAGAACACUCUCACCAUUGCUGGCUCUCUUGGGGAUUCGACUUGAAGGUUUUAUUUCUGCGAUUGUACUUCCUUUGUUGCUAACCAUGGUCCUUUUUCUUGGCCCACUUAUACAGCUUUCCAUGGACUGUCCCUGGAGCUUCAUAGAUGGUAUUCGUGUGGUGCUUGACCCAUGCUUUUGGACGUUGUGCCUCAGUGACAUGCGCUGGUUGAGGAAUCAAGUGGUGGCACCAUUAACAGAAGAAUUAGUGUUCAGAGCCUGUAUGUUGCCUAUGCUGGUGCCAUGUGCUGGUCCUACUACUGCCAUCUUCACCUGCCCGCUGUUUUUUGGAGUCGCUCAUUUCCACCAUGUCAUAGAGUUGCUGAGGUUCAGACAGGGGACACUAUCAGGGAUCUUCCUCUCAGCAGUGUUUCAGUUCACCUACACAGCGCUAUUUGGUGCUUACACUGCUUUCAUCUUUAUCAGAACAGGUCACCUGAUGGGUCCGGUUCUCUGUCACUCCUUUUGUAACUACAUGGGUUUCCCAGCCAUCAGCACUGCACUGGAGCACCCCCAGCGCCCCAUCAUUUUAUCAUCCUACCUGCUGGGAGUUACUCUAUUUUUCUUGCUGCUCUUUCCAUUAACAGACCCUUCCUACUAUGGUGUCCCUACUCCAGUCUGUACCCUGACCUCAUCCCCCAGCUCUCUUUGUUUCUCUUGACCCCUUUGUCUACCUACACAGGCUUAUCUGCUUUUGUCCUGUUGCUGUGCAAAAUUUAGGCAAUGAAGGGACUGGUUUAUGUUUUUGGCAAACUGUUGUUGGUGUUCUUCUGCAGUUUGAGUCAACUUAUUAAGUGCACAUUAUUUAUUGUUCCUUUUAUGUGACAUGAAAUAGCGACAUGGGAGGCAGCUGGUCACCUUUCAGAAUGCGUUGAAAUUAGGGUUAAUGUCCUUGGGACCAUUCUGUUCCAUUACUUUGUCUUACAGAAAUCAUCUUCAUGUCAGAAUAUUGUACCCUGUCACAUUUCCUUAUGUAGCAUAGUACAUUUUUGUCCACAAACACUGAGUCAAAAUUAGUAAACAUGAAUAUGGUGUACUUAUUUUGUUAUUAAGUCGCUUUCAUCUCUGCAAACUUAUCAAAUACUUUAUUUUGAAGUUAUUUGUUCUGACAACCAAAAUUUGCCAUAUGAUGGUGGUUGAAGAUCUGAAAAGGUCUGGGUUUAGUCCCCAGUCUGAGGCAGAUAACAGAAUUCAUGCUAUGUGUUAUGACAUAUAAUUUCCCUUAAUGCCAUUUGUCCCCCCUGACUGCACAAUGACAUUUUAGGCAGGAGUUUUGUUAUUUCUGGCUGCACAACCCUUCAGGACUAAGCACUGCUGUAGCUGCAUUCAACAACAGAAAUAUAUCUGGGGUAGAAUGUUAAAAUAUAUCCACUGUGUAAUUUGCCAAAAUUGUCUCGGGUGUAUAUUAUGCAUUAUUUUAAUUUUUAUGGUUUGAUUUUAAACAGCCAGUAUUUUUGCUAUUUUUGUAAAGCAGAAGUUCCAUCUUUAAUAUAUACUAAAUAUACAGUGCUAUUCAAUACAUUUGAAUAUCAUUGAAAAGCAUAUUUAAUCCAGUUGUUCAAUUCAUCAGUUGAAACACAUUAUAUAAACCCCUUUUCCAUUGCCACUCAAAGGCCUAGGGCUCUUCAAAUCCAUGUAGAAUUACCAUGCGUUACACAUUUGUAAUGUGAAAAUGAAGCAAGUCUCCUCUCUGCUGUUUUUGCUCUGACUGCAUGCAGGGCUUUCAGGCAGCUGCCUGUGCCUGUGAGACAGUUCUGAGGGAUGUAGGAUGGGACUCACAGCAGCUGCCUGUGCCUGUGAGACCGUGUUGAGGAUUGGUUGAAAGGCAGUCACUAAGUAGGCAACACUGGACUGUCGUCUCUAGUUUUCCUUCACUGCCACAAGCAGCGCAACACACAGUAGCCACUAGUAGCUUUAUGCACUAGCACAGGGAUUCCCAAACUUAGCGAAUUGUGAUCCCUAAAAUAACAUUGCCAGAGACUGGCGAACCCCUAUUUGGCAGGUUGGGGGGAGUAGUGGGUUUUUUUAUGUUAAUGUUUUGGAAAUUCCGAGAAUAAAGUCAUAAAAUUGCGAAAAUAAAGUAGAAUUUUAUGAGAAUUCCAAAAAGAACGCUUUCUUCCCCCUGUGUUAAAAUGAGGUAUAUUGAGCUCUUGUGAAGUUAUACUUUGGUAUCAGUUUCACAAAUAAGGGAAUAAUUAUCAUUUGUAGCAUCAAAUAAUUAUGACUAUUAGGACUUUCAAAUGAUUGAGCAAAGAACUUUAACUUUGUUUUUGUCAUUUACAAAACAAAAUUGUAUUACAGCCAUUGUCGAUUAGAAAAAGUAAAAAAAAAAAUGGCCACAGAGAAUUACAUUUCUACAAAAUAAACAUAAAAAAUUGAGAUUAAUUUAACCUAUUUGAGAGAGAAACAAUUUCUGAUGUUGAAUGAUCGAAAAUUUUGGAGAAUUAUUUUGUUCUACGAUUAAAGGCAUAAAUGCCCUACAUUGAAACAAGUAUACCUCUGACAUUGUAAAGUCAGAAAUGUGAUCAUCAUCUGGAUCAUCUCGCGUCCCACACAUGAUGUCUUAAUUAAUUUUUAACUGACUAUGAUUAGAAUAAGUUAGCAAAUAUAUAGUAUGCUAUAUCAUAUGCUUUACAUUGUUUUAACAUAUUUUUUUAAUCAUUAUGAAGGUGUGGCGGCGUGCCAUGUUCAAUUACAUGUACCAGAAAUCCUUUACCUGCUUUAAGUUUAUUUUAUUUCCAAGUUAUAUGAGCCACAUUGGAACUCAUAUUCUGAUUUAUUGAAAAUGACUGUAUAAUAACCCAGUGUUUUUGUGUUUUACUCGGUAGUCAUUGAGUUAAUUUGUUCGUGAAGGUGGAUGAUGGAAUGGUUUUUCUUCUUAAUCUCUGGAACAUGACAUUUUUAGACAAAUGCAUAACCAUUUAGUCCAGUCCAGUUACCUCUAUGCACAACACGUUUCUUACAUAGUUUCAGAAUAUAAGCUUUUUCUUUUCUGUCUGGUUUUCAUUGACAGUAUGGUUAAAUUCUUAUUUUCUUUCAUGUUUUCUGUUUUCAAAGUUUGUACUUUUUAUAAAUUGCAUAGUACAGUAUUUCUUAGCAAAUAAUGUUUUAAAGUUUACGGUUAUGACCAAAUAAUUUUAUAAUUUCAUCAAGGGUCUUGCUAAGUUUUCCAAAACCAUUAUCUACAGUAGCUAUCAAGAUUUAACAGGUUUUACUCUGCUGGUACUUUUUUUUGUAAUUGAUUAAUAUAGUGCCCUUCUCAAAAACAAACCAAUGUAACUUGAGAGGGUCGGAUCCAUCGCUGAAAGUGUCAUGUGACCUAGAGCGGUGCUGUAGGUCACAUGAUCCAUUCUAGGUUACAGCAGUCUAAGCUCAGACUGCCAUAACAACAUAAGAAAACAUGUAUGACACUUACCUUAUCAGGCAUAUUUUUGCUUCUUUGAUGUAGGAUCUAAUCUAAUGGGGUAAAUGUGGCCUUGUCUUUACAAGUAACUGUAUGACUUCUCAAUCUGCUGGUCCAAACUGGCCUACUAUUGGAUUCCAACACACGGAGGGAGACCGUUUAAUUUUGCAGUGUUGCCAUUGGCCCUCAUGGGUGCUAAACCUGGAAGUUACAGGUCUAGUGCCCCAGUGGCCAAAACAUAACAUAGUGCUGCUUUAACUGCACAAAAAAAUUUAGAACUUCAUCAAGUUGUCAAAACAGGGUAACAUUUUAGCAUUAAUCUGGCACUGCAGCACUCCACAUAAUAAUAAUCUUUUGCAGAAACUCAGGUCCAGCCAAAACAUUUGUCAGUGUCAAGGAAAAUUGGAAUAAAAGACUGCAGGGUACCAUUCAGACGCCGUAUCAUAAAAUGCUUAGAUUUCAGAUGACUCCAAUAACAAUAAAUUAUAGUCUUCGUGAUCAGGACAUUCCUAGUAUCAAAUACCAUCCACAAAGGACCCCAAACAUUUUCACAGCCAGCAACAAACUGAUGGAAAACAUGAAUAACAGUAUAGUGCAUAAACAUUAGUUCAGAAUUCACACUUCUGAAGCCUUUUCAUCUAAAUAUGUUCAAACUCUAUGUACACAGGCCAAAACACUAAAGUGGUCUUUGUGGGAGUUUUGGGAAUGUUUUAGGCCUCAAUUUGUGUGUGAGCCCUUACUGUAACAGUUUGUGGGAAUGGAAUUUCAAAGGAAAAUCCUAAAUUAAGGGGAAUUGGGAACAAUCUAAUAAAAUUCUGAAGGUGUAAAUGUCUCAACACCUACUUUGCUCAGGCCUUUAGUUAUAAACACAGCUCAGUUCUUUGACUAUAACCACUGUCUACUGCAGACUAACAGCAACACAGGCAACUACAAGUGGGAAUAAUCUAAUUUGCAUUCCUCAAAAAAAAAUGCUGGUAUUAUACAGAAACUAUUAACAUUUCUGGCCAACUCUAAGAUAUAAACCAGUAGAUCUACAGCUAGAAACUAAAACUGACAAGCUAGGUGAUCACUGAAACCUAAACAAUUUAAGAUUUUGGGUUCUUUAAGCUCUGUAUUACCAGUGAAAGUGUUAGUUGUGUCUAAAGUUGAUAGUACAUCUAUCACAUCUAAAAGAGUAGCUUUGUGAUAUUAAGAAUCAGGCUGUCAGUCUCAAGGACAUGGUCUUGGGGUAAUUUGAUGUUUUUAAAGGCAAACACAACAGACUAAAGCUCGUCACAUCCCUGUCUGAUCAAUAAAACCCUUUUUUUUACUUGUCA